AUGGGAGUCAAAGUGCUCUACUCGCUGGAUCGCAGUCCACAGCAUACUAUGAUUGCGCGCGUCCAGCGCCGGAUCCCUGUGCGUUUGGCAGCGUGCGCAUAUGGCAGCGUUCCGCAGGUGGUCCAGCUGGGCCGCGUUAUGCUCAAGACAUGUCUCGGCGCGAUAUGCGACGCGAGUCCCGACCUCGUCCUCGAUACCGAACACGACUACAUCGUCUAUGUCGUCGACCCCGACGAGUCGCAGCAUGUUGCGCAGCGCUCGCCAUCGCGCACUCACACAUACCGCUCCGGCCAGGAGCAGAGUCCAAACAAGUCGUACCGCGCUACGCAAGUUCUUGUCGGCAAAGGAUACUUUAGCGGCGCACUCGAGGAGCCCGGCGACGGCACUUCGAGCGUCACGGGGCGUGUGCGUGCAGAGACAAAGCAGCACUAUGGCGCAUUUAGCUCCGAUGAGGAGGACGCGGGUGUGGCGGAAGUGCUCGAAGUUGUGCUUCGCUUAAAGGAAGCGCCGCGCCGCGCAAAACAAUGGCCGCACACGCCCAUGGACGCGCCAAGCACCUCGGCUGUGCCGCAAACCACACACGCGCAGCUCCUCCCAGUGCUCCAGGCGCUGCAAACGCGCCACGAGCAGCCGAGUGCCGAGCAGCGUGAGCAGCUGAUGCGCAUGCUGCAUAUGCUCGCAGGCGCCACACAGCACGGCGCGCAGGGCCAAGACGCAAGCUCGCCGCCGCAGCGCGCGCCGCCGCGUCCUCUUCGCGAAUCGCGCACAGAGCGCGUGUGCUACAAUUGCGGCACGGAAUCGUGCAAAACGUGGCGCAUGCUCGUCCUUCCCCCUGGCGUUCCUGUACACUAUCCAGCGAGCGAGCGCCCGCCGACGGAUGCCGUGUCGCUGCCUUGGAUCCCCAAGUUCAGCGGGCUUUCCAAGGCACUUGCCGAUGGCGCGACGCGGUGGCAGGCGUGCAAUGCGUGCGGUCUCUACUUUACCAAGUACGGCACGUCGCGCCCGGACCACGUCUUUGGCGCCCGUCCUCCGCCGCGCGCGAAAAAAGCCAAGCUCGGGCGCACGCUCAGUGCGGUGGCAAACCGCGACGCGAAGCGCCUCCAGCGCCAAGGGCCGCUGCACGAGCUGGAUCCCAAUCUGUCAGUGUCCAGUCCGCUGCGCAUGGGACGCGCCGCGCAGGACACCAAGUCGCAUUCGAGUCCCACAAGCACGUACGGCGCGCCUUCCUAUCUCCUUCAGUCUUCGCCAGCGACGGUGAUGAACACGCUCCUCAGCGAAGCCGACAUGGACUUUGUGGAGAUGCACCGCGCGAAUUUCCUGUCGCGUGCGCCCGCCUCCAGUCCACCGCGCCGCAGCCCACGAAAGCGCCCCCACGGACGGAACGGCACCGUGAAUCCGUACGCGACGCGCGAAUGCGACGCGCCGCGCAGUGAUUCGGCCGUGCCGAGCACGCGCGAAGCUUGCAUAGCGCGCUCCGCCAGCUCGCCGUCGCCCAGCCGCAAGCGCGCGCUGGGGCCGUUUAUGGGGAUCGAAGAGGACGCGUUUGGAUGUCCACAGAGCCCGAGUGUGGGCCGCACCAUUGCGCGUGCACAGCGCGCCGAAAAGCUCGCAGAGAAGCGCGCCGCGGCGCAAACUCCGACGCGCGCUGCGCAAGACUGGUCGCCGCCCUCGCCAAGCCUCGCACUGGCGCCUGCAGAGCCGGCCGCGCUCGACGAGCACGCAGAUACAUGGCCGACCAAAGACGUGUUUGGGGAGCACAACGGCGCCUGGCUCAACCCGCACGCGCUCGCCGCAUGGGACGCGAGCCAAGCAGCGCAAGUGGCCAAGCAUGCACAGACGGACGAGCGUGCCGUUGCUCGACGCAAGCCUCUGCCUGCGACCGUAGAAGAUGGGUCGUCGUCGCGCAGUGCGUCGCCGUCGUCGACGUACGAGGGCGAGGAUGUGGACAAUCUGGUGGAUUUGCUCGAGGACCCGUAUGGGAUCCUUGCCGCCUCGGGGAUUGGCAUGCCGAAUGUCGUGGGCCAGGACGGAAAUACGUUUGCACUCAGCACGGGCCGCUCGGGUGGGCUCAGUAUCGAUGCAUUUAAUGGGAUCGAGGUGUACCAAGCGCCGGCGUUUGCAGAGCAGCUGCGGGAAUUUACCCGGAGCGGUGGCUUGGGCGUUGCGGCGCAUACGGGGAUUCCCAACGCGCCCGCGCCGUACGUGGAAACGAUUGGUGAUCGUGCAGAGGCGCAAAUGCCGCAGAAUGGAGGAGACUUGGAGAAUUUCUUGGAGGAUCCGUCGGUACAGGCUAUGCUGGCGGACUUGCAAGCGUCUGCGGCACCGACGCCGAGUAUGAGCGAUGUUGCAUCGCUGCCGUGCGGCACGUAG